AUGUUCACUCAACGCAUGUCUACUAAGGCCAUACAGGCAGCCAGACCGGUCAUCAGGAGCUCAACACUACAACACCGCAACAUCCACAACAUCCACAACAUCAUCCUCCCUCGCGACUUUGAAUACGUCGCUGCCUCCGAGUACUCACGUCUCUCGCGCGAAAGCAUCACGAGAAUCAAUGAACUCAGCACCACCAUCGAAGAGAAAAACAACGUUAUCGAAAAACAAGCUGCAAUGCUUUCUCAAAAGGAGACUGUGAUUGCAGAUUUGAGAAAGGAGAUUGUGGGUGACAGACAUAGGGGCAGUGGAGCAGGGGUGGGGAGUCGAGUGCAGGAGAAGAAUCUCCACGACAUCGUCGACAUAACAUUUGCAAUUCCUUUCAGUCGCUGGCUUCGUGACGCCUUCAAGAUAGGUCGCAAGAACAAAGCGCACCGCCAGUCAGGCGCGGCCAACAAGGAUCGUGGAAAAGUAGGCAAAGGUCGCUACAAAAUGGGACAAGACGGUUCAAGCCCGGUAGAUGAGGGCGCACCUUCCAAAACACUUGAGAGUCGCACAGUCGAUGGCUUGGCCAAGUAUAUCAAGGAAGGGCACGCGAAGCGCAUUGUCGUCAUGACGGGCGCAGGAAUCUCGACAAGUGCAGGCAUCCCCGACUUCCGCUCGCCCAACACUGGUCUCUACGCCAACCUAGCUAGACUCAACCUACCGUAUGCCGAGGCCGUUUUCGACAUUUCCUUCUUCCGCGAGAAUCCUACGCCAUUCUACACUCUCGCUCAUGAGCUCUACCCUGGCAAAUACCGCCCGACCGUCACACAUUCCUUCAUCCGUCUGCUCCACGAGAAAGGCCUGCUGCUUAAGUUGUUCACUCAAAACAUCGACUGUCUCGAACGCGAAGCUGGUGUGCCGGAUGAGUCAAUUAUUGAAGCUCAUGGCAGUUUCGCCCGUCAGAGCUGCAUCGACUGCAAGAGCCCGUACCCACAAGAAGAGUUGAAGAAGCAAAUCGAAGCCAAGACUAUCCCUCGCUGCCACAAAUCUAGCUGCCACGGUUUGGUUAAACCUGAGAUUGUCUUCUUUGGCGAGCAGCUACCCAGCGCCUUCUUCGACAAUAUUGACGUGCCAACUGAGGCAGAUCUCUGCAUCGUUCUGGGCACGUCGCUACAGGUUCAGCCUUUCGCAAGUCUGCCUGGUGCUUGCAAAUCUGGAGUACCUAGAGUCUUGAUCAACAUGGAAAGAGUCGGAGGCCUUGGUUCACGCUCCGACGAUGUUCUGUUACUCGGCGACUGCGACGCUGGUGUGCGAAAACUUGCCAAAGCAAUCGGCUGGGAAGACGAACUCGAGGACCUGUGGGCACAGACUGACCCCGGAUAUCUUCCUGGCAAGCCUAUCAAGAGCAAAGACGAUAUCGCCAAAGAAGAAGCCAAGAAGACCAGAGAUGAGAAGUUCCAGGAAGAAAUUGACAAGCUCACAAAAGAAGUCGACAAGACUUUAGAUCUGUCCAAGUGGCACCAAGACCAAAUUAGAAAGGACCAUUUGGAUGGCCAGAACGACUCCAAGGACCCGGCCAAAGGCGAGAAGACCAUGCGAUACGACGAAAAUGCAGACAACAACGAUAAGGCACCUUUGAACGGACUCAGCCACGUGUUCCCACACAUCGGCGAGAAGUCUUCUCUAUGA